AUGUCGAACAUAUCUACAACAAACAACGAAAAUAGUCAGAAGACAGCCGAGCCUGCUUUGACUUUACCUUCUCGAACUUCCUCCUCCGUGGAGCAAGUCUCUGGGAAAAAUUCCUCAGAAACACGUGACUUCAACGCCCAUUUACCAACUGCACCAAUCAUUGAAACGAUUAAUGAUACACAACAACCUUUAGAAGGAUCUACAUCCAUUAACGGUAAUCCACCACCAAUCGAGGAAAUCCCCAUGAUCGACAACAUAUUCUCAGCCUCAAAUAUACAAGCACAAACUUCUUUUGAAGGGUUUAUCCCACGAGAUAGUUUUCCGCCAAAACUUACAGACAAAGAAAUUUUACAAAAACUCAACAACAUCUUUGUCGGAGACAAAGACUUUAUUAAAGUUAGAUCCCUCAAAAAAAUGACAUUCAAAUUUUAUAUGAUAUCUGUGUCGACUAAAGACAAAUUGUCAUACCUUAUCAAAACAUCACCUCCAGAACUUCAAAAUGUUAAAAUUUAUGAAUAUACACAACAAAAUAUAGAUACCUUAAUUGAACACAAAGCAGCGGCAGAUUACCUAUUAGAACAAGACUGGUGCUUAGUUAUUAAGGACUCAGUAGCCAGAAUCCUACCAGGCAAUCCGAAACAUCCAAUAUACACACAACAAACCUCUGCUUUCUAUAAAAUCACUGGUUUACCUUUAAACACGAACGCAAAAGAUUUAAGCCCUUUAGUUACACAUCUAAAGGGACGAACGUGUACAUUUACUCAAACCUCACGCUCAUCAUUCUUCAAGAACGCAUUUAUAUACGUUCACUCUGAUGAUAUUAAAAAAGAUUACACUACAAUCACGGGUACAAAAUUUGGAGAAUAUACAAUCUUUAUUUUUCCUUACACAAAUACCAAAAAAACAUACUCUCCAGCCAAUAAUAAUUCUGGUAAAUCAAACAUACAAUCUCGCCCUCAACCUGAUACACAAGGAAAACAAAAACAAUCCUAUAAUAACAUUAAGAAAAACCUGGACGGGACACAUCAAAAGUCUACUUCAUCCUGGACUCAACAACAAAUUCCUUAA